GGAUCCCUUCCAACUCUGCAAUUCUACGAUCUUCUCAUGUCACCUUUGUGUGUGUCUGUUUUUCUCCUCUGGGUUUCAGGAGGCCUGUGAGUGAAGCUAAGCAGCCGUGGUGAAUCAUCUGCCUCUGAUGAAGCUGGUUCGUCAUGGCCAUGGCCAACGUGACCCACUCCUGGCCUCCCACGUUCUUCCUGCAAGGCAUCCCAGGGCUGGAAGCCUACCACAUGUGGCUCUCUGUGCCAGUAUCCUGCAUCUACGUGGUGAUCAUUGCCGGGAACUGCACCAUCCUCCUGGUGGUGGCCACAGAGCCAGCUCUCCACAGACCCAUGUGCUACUUCCUCUGCAUGCUGGCAGCUAUUGACCUGGCAGCCUCCACCUCCGCCCUGCCCAAGAUGCUCUGCAUCUUCUGGUUCCAGGGCGGGGAGAUCCAAGCCGUUGCCUGCCUGGCCCAGAUGUUCUUCAUCCAUGCCUUGUGCAUGAUGGAGUCAGCGGUGCUGCUGGGGAUGGCGCUGGACCGCUAUGUGGCCAUCUGCUUCCCGCUCAGGUACAGCUCUUUCUUCUCCAGCUCACUGGUGGCCAAGAUGGCUGUGGCCGGCAUAGUCAGGGGAACGCUGCUGAUGGCACCUUGCCCUUUCCUGAUCCGGAGGCUGUCCUACUGCCGGACCAACGUCAUUCGCCACACAUACUGUGAGCACAUGGCAGUGGUCAAACUGGCUUGUGGGGACACCAGCAUCAACCGCACCUAUGGGCUGAGUGUGGCUCUGAUCGUCAUCGGAGGAGACCUUCUCUGCAUUGGGCUCUCCUACUUCUUCAUCGUCCGUGCGGUGCUCCGUCUCUCUUCCCGCGAGGCGAGGCACAAGGCUUUUGGCACCUGUGGCUCCCACCUCUGCGUCAUCUUAAUCUCCUACAGCCCUGCCCUCUUCUCCUUCUUCACCCACCGCUUUGGCCACUCUGUGGCCCCCCAUAUCCACAUCCUGCUGGCCAACCUCUACCUCCUCUUCCCUCCCAUGCUGAACCCCAUUGUGUAUGGAGUGAGGACCAAAGAGAUCCGGGAACGGCUUGUACAGUGGUACCUCGGGUUACAGACGCUUCAGGUUACAGACGCUUCAGGUUACAGACUCCGCUAACCCAGAAAUGGUAUCUCAGGUUAAGAACUUUGCUUCAGGAUGAGAACAGAAAUCGUGUGGCGGCAGCAGGAGGCCCCAUUAACUAAAGUGGUACCUCAGGUUAAGAACAGUUUCAGGGUAA